GUUCCAGAUCCUUCUGGAAGGGCAGCGCCGCCCGAGCGCUGCCGGAAAGAGCCGAGGCGGCGCCGGGGCCGGGCGGGCUUCCCGCCGGCCGCGCCUGCGCACGGCGGGCCCGCUGCCGGUUGGUGCCGGCGCUCCGCAGUGGGGGAGCGGCGGGCGCGGAGCCCCAGUGCCGGUCCCAGCGCCAGAGGAGCACCGGGCGCAGCCAUGUCCGUGGUGGGCAUCGACCUCGGCUUCCUCAACUGCUACAUCGGCGUGGCGCGCAGCGGCGGCAUCGAGACCAUCGCCAACGAGUACAGCGACCGCUGCACCCCAGCAUGUAUAUCUUUAGGAUCCAAGACCCGAGCCAUCGGGAAUGCAGCGAAGAGCCAGAUCGUCACAAAUGUAAAAAAUGCAGUACAUGGCUUCAAAAAACUGCAUGGAAGAGCAUUUGAAGAUCCUUACAUCCAAGCUGAGAGGGCCAAACUUCCCUAUGAACUUCAGAAGAUGCCAAAUGGCUCCGUAGGAGUAAAGGUGAGGUACCUGGAUGAAGAGAGACUGUUUGCAGUGGAACAGAUCACAGGAAUGCUGCUGGCCAAGCUGAAGGAGACUUCGGAGAGUGCUUUGAAGAAACCAGUGGCUGACUGUGUGAUUUCAGUCCCCAGUUUCUUCACUGAUGCUGAAAGAAGGUCUGUAAUGGCAGCUGCACAGAUUGCAGGAUUAAAUUGUCUGAAGCUGAUGAAUGAAACUACAGCAGUUGCAUUAGCCUAUGGAAUAUACAAGCAAGAUCUGCCAGCCUUGGAAGAGAAGCCAAGAAAUGUGGUCUUUGUAGAUAUGGGGCAUUCUGCAUAUCAGGUUUCCAUCUGUGCUUUUAACAAGGGAAAACUGAAGGUCUUGGCCACUACCUUUGACCCUUUCGUAGGUGGCAGGAAUUUUGAUGAGGCUUUGGUAGAUUACUUCUCUGAAGAAUUUAGGACAAAAUACAAACUGAAUGUAAAAGAGAAUCCCCGAGCCCUGCUGCGAUUGUAUCAGGAAUGUGAGAAGCUCAAAAAGCUGAUGAGCGCGAACGCAUCUGACCUUCCCCUCAACAUCGAGUGCUUCAUGAACGACCUGGAUGUCUCCAGUAAGAUGAACAGAGCUCAGUUCGAGCAGCUGUGUGCUGCCCUUCUGGCCAGAGUGGAGCCUCCUCUAAGAGCAGCCAUGGAUCAAGCCAAGCUUCAGCGUGAAGAUAUCUACAGUAUAGAAAUAGUAGGUGGGGCUACUAGAAUUCCAGCAGUGAAGGAACAGAUCUCUAACUUUUUCUGUAAAGAGAUAAGCACCACGCUAAAUGCUGAUGAAGCUGUUGCAAGAGGCUGUGCCUUGCAGUGUGCAAUUCUUUCUCCAGCUUUUAAAGUGCGUGAGUUUUCCAUCACAGAUGUUGUUCCUUACUCUGUCACAUUGAGAUGGAAAUCAUCUUACGAAGAAGGAACAGGGGAGUGUGAAGUCUUCAGUAAGAACCACGCUGCUCCAUUCUCAAAAGUAAUUACUUUCCACAAGAAAGAGCCUUUUGACUUGGAAGCUUAUUAUACCCAUCCACAUGAAGUGCCUUAUCCUGAUUCCAGAAUAGGGCGUUUCACUAUUCAGAACGUGGCUCCCCAGCACGACGGCGACAAUUCCAAGGUGAAGGUGAAAGUGCGCGUCAACAUCCACGGGCUCUUCAGCGUGGCCAGCGCGUCCAUCAUCGAGAAGCAGAGCGUCGAGGGGGAGCACAACGACACCCCCAUGGACACCGAGUCAGCAAGUAAGAACCAAGGCAGAGAUGAGGAGCUGCAAUUACCUUUCAGUAUUGAGGAUGAUCCCCUCGACUCUGAGGAGGAGGAUAAAAUGCAGGUUGAUCAAGAAGAAGGUGUGCAGAAAAGUCAAGCUGAACAACAGAACCAGGCAGAUGAGGAAACUGAAAAUGCUGGAACUGAAACAAAGGCUGCUUCUGGAGAAAAGCAAGAUCACCCCUCCCAGCCAAAGGCUAAAACAAAAGUUAAGAGUAUUGACCUCCCUAUACAAGCAAGCCUCUGUAGGCAGCUGGGACAAGAUCUGAUCAAUUCCUAUAUAGAAAAUGAGGGGAAGAUGAUGAUGCAAGACAAGCUUGAGAAGGAACGAAACGAUGCUAAGAAUGCCGUUGAAGAAUAUGUGUAUGAAUUCAGAGACAAGCUCUGUGGAGCCUUUGAGAAAUUCAUCACUGAAGAAGACUCAAACAAGCUGACCUUGAUGUUGGAGGACACAGAAAACUGGCUUUAUGAAGAUGGAGAGGACCAGCCAAAACAAGUAUACAUGGAUAAGCUUCAGGAAUUAAAGAAAUUUGGACAGCCUAUCCAGGAAAGAUGCAUGGAACAUGAAGAGAGACCAAAAGUUCUAAAUGAACUGGGGAAGAAGAUUCAGCUCCUUAUGAAAGCAGUAGAAGCCUACAAAAAUAAGGAUGAAAAAUAUGACCACCUAGAUCCUGCUGAGAUGGAGAAAGCUGAAAAAUACAUUAAUGAGGCUAUGAAUUGGUUGAACAGCAAAAUGAAUGCCCAGAACAAACUCAGUCUAACUCAGGAUCCAGUUGUCAAAGUGGCAGAAAUACUAGCAAAAUCUAAGGAAUUGGAUAGCUUCUGUAAUCCCAUUCUGUCCAAGCCCAAGCCGAAGAUAGAACCUCCCAGUGACGGGCAGGCCAAAGCUAACGGGGAGCACAACGGGCCAGUGAACGGACAGAGCGCUGCUGAAACAAAGCCCGAACCAGCCAAGGACAACCCUCAGCAGACCAAACCCCCCGGAGAAAUGGAAGUGGACUAAACCUUGCAUUUCUUUUACUUCAUUAAAAUAGUGCAAGUAACCACAGGGUCCAUUCUUUUUGUCUGGUACACACCUCAGAUGUUCAGUUAUUCUUAGCCAAACUUCUGUCAUUUGUUGCUGAGUAGUUUUGAAAGUGUUUUAUAUUAAGUACACCUCUGAUGUUCAUUUCCACUGAUGCUGCUUAUGUGGAGCUUUAGCCAAAUGUAGAUUGUAUAAGUCAGUUGAAGCUUUCCCAAUAUAUUUUAUAUCAGACAUACAGAAUUGAUAUAUAAAUGGCAACAAUCUACCUUAUUUAAAGCUUUUCUUGUGGAUAAACCUCAGCUCCUUUAUUCAGGAAAGGAUACUGUAUUGCACUACUGAUGCUCAAGUGUAGAUCUAAUCGCAUCUUUAUUUUGGAAAAAUAUUGGAAUCGAAGUGGCAAAAACCUGUCACUUGAAGCACUGACCUUUUCUAGUUAUUGUACUGUUAUAAUUUAAAUAUUAAAAUAGAGGUUAGUUGGCAUACCAGUCCAUCUCGUUGAUGUACCAUGAGAAUUGUACGGUCUUUUUCAUAGGAACUGAAUAAUCCGAGCUUAAGCGUUUUUUUGGGUUCCCAUACCACUACCAGUCUUUAUUGCAGACUGCUCCAGCACCGUGGCUCUGCUGUGUGCUGGAAUCCCUGGUCUCUGCACAUUGCUGUACAUACCCUGCUGUGAUUAGGACAGGGUGAUGCUGGUGAGAACAGGAUGAAAGGGGAGAACAUUCAAGGCCUGCUGCAUAGCUUUCCCUUGAAAAUGUCUUAUUGCACAUGGGACUAUUAACACGCCUCUUGUUUUGAAUUCAGUUUGCAUCUGAUUGUAUCUCAUCCUGGGGAGGAGAAACAACAGAAACAGUGCUGUGCAAACUGGGUAUCACCACCCUGAUUUUGAGGUGGUUUAAAUGCUGUUUGGUGCAAACUUGAAAGAAGUGCUGAGAGCUUAUUUAAGCCUUGAUGCUCAGCGUGCAAAUUUUUUGGUCAAGGACCAAAACAAAAGAGCUUAAAAACUGGAUAUUAUUAUCCCAAAGGUGGAAUCUACCUGAUGAACUUGCAUCACUUACAACUUAGCUUUGGUCAUUUAGCUCUCUAAUGAAAGUGUCUACAAUGUAUUACACAGUAGAAUCACUGUUUUCUUUGAUACGUCUUAAACGUUGUCAAGAUCCAGUGUAUGUCCCAAAUAUAUUCCAAAUGCUUCUGUCAGCCACUGAGGUGCUGCAGCACUUGCUGAAGCCAGUCACUAUUGACUUCAAAACUCUUCUGUUACCAGAGUGGCAAUGGGCUAGUCUAACUAUGAAAAGUAGUUUCUUUACCUGGCAUAAGAAACUAAACUAAGUUGCAGUGUAAUGCUUCAGUGACUUGAACUCUGUCCCAGAAACAAAUUCAGAUGUUAACCAGGCACUCCUACAGCAGUUCUCCCAUAGGAGGUGUUGCUGUUGUAAACAAGUGAAGAACCCCAAUCUUGUUUCUGGCUUUGGCAGCCAUUUUAUCUUCAGCCGUGCCCUUCAUCUUCUACCAUUGUUCAUGCUAUGAAAAGUAACUCAUGACCCCUGUGAGAGCUGAAUUCAGCUCUCCCAUAUCUUCACAGAAAGAGGAAGCAACAUUCAUGAUUGUACAUAAAUCUGUCUGCCAGACUAGUUCAAGUGCUGGAAUUGUAUCGUCGUGACUGACAUCAAGUGACUGAGAUGCAUGUACUUUGCUCUCUUCCUCUUCCAUGCAAUCAGUGUGGAUGAUCUGGCACUGUAAGUUUACAUGUUUAAUGUCCUUGAACAAAAACUGAGUGACUUUGAGGAGAGCUGUUCUGCAGCUCUUCUGCAACCUCAGUCUUGAGUUCUGCCACGGUAGUCACACCUCUGGUGCUGAGGGGUGACUGUACUGCAGCAUCAGCUGUCCUUUCAGUCAGCCUGGGCUGGCUUUGGUCUUGUAGGCUUUAACACCAUUUAUAUCCUAAUGGCUUUUGCCACAGCAGUGUAAUGAGCAGCCUUCUCAAGUUCUGGCUUCCUGAAAUCUAGCUACACAGUAAUUUGUCUGGGUAGACUUCUUGGUACCUGUGGUAGAAGAGCACAAAACUGCAGAAAUCUCCAGUGUCAGCUCUCCAGUAGCUAAAGGGUCAUGUGCAAGAACAGUGUCCUCUGCUUAUGGCCAUCAGAUGCUUAAUACCACAUUACAGAUGUUCGAUGAAGUGCUUAGGAUAAAGGCUAGAAUAAUUCUGCACGCUUAAAAGCAGAUACGGUUCAGACAAACAGUUGUAGUCAAGUUUUCUUACUAGGAUAGGAGGUUUUUCUGCUGUGCAUCUGGUCUGUCUCUAGAUCCCUGCUGAAGAGGAAUGCUGCCCACAGAAGCUGGCUCUGAGGUCCAUGUCAGGAAUCCCAUUUGGGAUGGCAGAGUUGAUCUUUCCACAGUGAGGUUCACAUUAAUAUAUGACUUGCUCAUAUGUAAUCUGUUUUGUGUUACAAAGAGGAGAUUUUACUAGGACAUAUUUAAGUACUUACACACAAGGCACAAUUUGAGGUUUUGUGUGUCAGACUCAACAAGCAAGGUCCCUCUGCCUUCCCUGACAGCACCAGAGUGAGUGUCUUUGCAACAUAAUGUUUUGGUAAGGAACCAGCAGCAGUCUGCUGCUCUGCAUCUUCUAUAUUAUAACAGCAGGUAUUUGUUGAUAAUAUCUUACUUGAAACUUUCUGCUGAGGGCAAGAUACAUUUCUAAUAGUUGAAAAUGUUCCCUCAAUGUCCCACAGAAAGAAAAAAAGGAAGCAACACUAUCUUUGUAAAGGCAGUAGAGUUUGUUUAAAAAACAAAAGUUUUAUCAGGUUCUGAAGUGUCAUGUAAAGAUCUAAUUACAAACCAGCAUAGAUACAUUGGUUCAUUUUACCAGUAAGAGCUUCCUUCUUUCCUUUAAGGAGGACUCAUUCUCUCCCGUGUGGAGCAUUAAUGGAUUUGCUCAAGAAAGGACUUAAAAAAUUAAUUUUCUUCACUAAACUAAGUUUAGUCUAGAACUGAUUCAUGAGUUCCUUUCCACUUUAUUUUUAUUAUGGUACGUUAGGCCCCAAGGAGUUUCUUUGAACUUCAGAUGUAACGUAAACAGAUUUGUAACACUCAGGUUAGGGUUCUUUCUUCUUUCUUGAAGCUGCUGCUUCAUGACAAAAUACCCCUUGAUUUUGAGUGAAGGAUUUGAUUUUGUAUGUCUGAAUUUGCGCGAAGACUCCUCUCCCUUGCUGGCUUCUGGCAGUGUCCUUGCACUGCUUAAAUACUGCCUUUGGGGCAUGCUGGCAGAGCAGUGAGCAGCUGGUCUCGACUGCUCGGAAGCAGUUGGGAAACACCCAACCUGUCUUCCACAAACUGUAUUCCCGGGGGGAAGAACGAGGGGGAAGGUGCCCUGUCCCUGGCACAGCAGCACAGGAGGGGCAGUGCAGUGUCUGCAGUGAAGCUCCAGCGUUCUGGAUACUUUGUGGUGUGAGGGAUGGAGGUUUUGCGUCUUCCACUUAAAGUGGAAGCUGUUAAGGUAAAGCAUCCAAUUUGUGUGUUGAUGAGAUUUCUUUGUAUCUUCAACAUUUGAAAUUCCUUAAUAUUUUGCAACAUCUCUGUGAACUCCAGUCUCCUACAGAUUGCUAAUAACAGUUCUCAAAUACUCCAUAUUUAAGUGAGGGUUUUCCUGUAAGGAUUGUGUAAAUGUAAUUUCAGGAAACAAGCAAGGAGCUGGCAGAAGGGUUUUCUUCCCAAUUAUUUUUUGACACCAGUGUGAAAAAUUAACAGCCUUAACAAAACUUGGAAUCUACACUUGUCAGAGCUCUGGUUUCCCAUGCCUGUCAGUUAACCAAUGCUAGCAUCCAAAACACAAAGCCGUGUUGCAAACAAUGCAUUUGCUGGUUCAAAGCACCUGCCCAGCUGCUGUAGGAAAAGAAGCUAAUUUCAAUUCCCAUAGAUCAGUGCCAUCAUGAAGCUCAUUCCUCAACAUAGGACUUCUCAUUGCUGUGUAAUCACACUGUAAUUCUUCCACACUUCUGGGAGCCCUUCUCAAGUGAAGCUCAGAUGCCCAAACUUGAGUUGUGGGCUGGUAUAAGGUCUGCCUGCUCUAAGGAUGCUUAUAUUAAUUGCCACUAGCUGUGAGUUUACUAACUAGAUGGAGGAAUAUUUUGUUGCCUCUUACAUUUCUGCUACUCUUAGGUUUUCUCAUCUUUCAGGCACCAGGAGACAGAAACUCGCAGAAGACGUGGUAAAAAACACGUUGCUUAACAAAAGGCGUUAAUGCCUCAUAAUUUCAGCUCCCAAGAUAGCAGCUGGAGUAUAAACACAAGCUCUUAGUAGCGACAGAAUGUGUGGUGGCUGACUCCUACCUGAAUUCUUCAUUUUCUGCAGUUGAAAUUUGAAGACUUCAACCACUUACUACACAUGUAAAUAACAGUGAAAACAACUAAAUGUGACUGUUGGCGCUGCAGAAUACUAAACCAGGAAUGUGCUUGAUGUGACUUACUUGAUGCAGCUGCUAAACUUUGGUUUCCUUCUUUCCUGGUCAGAAGGAAAUGCAUCAAACAAUGAAAACCAGAAAUCAUUGCAAUGAAAUCCAUCAAGAAUAAUUUUAAACAAAAAAUGCAAUUAAGAGCUAUACCCACCAGCCAUCUCUACCAAGUGUUGAAAUAGUUUAAUUAAGUUGAUCAAAAAGGGGAUAGGCCCUGAAUGUUGCAGUAGUUGGAAAAGUUUCUUUCCAUAGUCGAUAAUCAUAGCUCCAGGGGAUAAGGGGGGAGGAGAUGGGAGCAUCAGAAUUUAAAGCAGUGUUUUAAGUAUGGAAAAUGUUUACCAUGUAUGUAAAUGGGAUCCUUGGUAGUGACAGAUCAUGUGCAAAUUGACAAGACUUGGAUUUAUUUUUGAAUGGCAAUAGAGGUUGUCAAGGUUGUGUAUAAUUAUAAUAAAUAUAUAAACCGCUACUUGAACCAGAAA